CACAGGUAUCACGGUGAUAAUCAUGUAUUCUCCGCGGAUAUACAACAGCAUUGAACCGGAUCGAAAGUUUCUAUCAAUCAUGACAGUGGAAGCUACGGGAUCAUUGAAGGAAAAAGCACGUAUAACCUAGCAUACACGAAUGUAGAGCCGUGAGUUCGUUCUUCGUUCCGAGGUGGAAGGCAAAAGCGGCAAUUAUGUCAUUUCCCCUCGUCCCGUCCGCCGCCCGCUUAGGAAGGUGGGGGAUGUUUUGGUGUGGUAUUGCACUUUACAUCUUGUAUUUCUUCCCAUAGUGCUAAUAUGCGGAUAGAGCUCUUGAUUCAUGUACAUUUCUCGGUAAUAUUGUGUUUUUUUUACGUACCUUUAGCUUAUCGGAGCACGCAGUCACGUCAACAUCACCCACUUAUUAUUCUUCCCUCCUCCCGCCUCCACCGGGCUCUUCUCUUUUUCUUUUCUAGAUUAACAUCCCCUCCCGAUUUUCAACUUUAUACUCCAAAUCCCAAUCACCAUCAACCCAUAACCGUCAAAAUGGUCAAGGCCGUUGCUGUUAUCCGCGGAGACUCCAAGGUCUCCGGCACCGUCACCUUCGAGCAGGCCGACGAGAGCGCCCCUACCACCAUCUCCUGGAACAUCACCGGCCACGACGCCAACGCCGAGCGUGGCUUCCACGUCCACCAGUUCGGUGACAACACCAACGGCUGCACCUCCGCCGGCCCCCACUUCAACCCCUUCGGCAAGACCCACGGUGCCCCCGAGGAUGAGGAGCGUCACGUCGGUGACCUGGGUAACUUCAAGACUGAUGCUCAGGGCAACGCCGUUGGCUCCAAGCAGGACAAGCUUGUGAAGCUGAUUGGUGCUGAGAGCGUCCUUGGCCGCACUCUCGUCGUCCACGCCGGCACUGAUGACCUUGGCAAGGGUGGUAACGAGGAGUCCAAGAAGACUGGAAACGCUGGUCCCCGCCCUGCCUGCGGUGUCAUCGGUAUUGCCGCUUAAAUUAGCUCAACCCCUUUAUCACGUAGUUGGGUUUUCAAUAUCCCUCGCCAUCUUCUCGGCAUGAGUUUUCUUUAUGAGAAGAUGAAAAGUUCAGGAUAGUCCCUGGCUAGGAUGCAAUGAAUGUCAAUGCCACAAACUUGCAAAUUGCAAAUUUCUACUCCAACCUCC